UCAGAUUACAAAGUUAGUCAGAGGAGCAACAGGAAGAAAACUUCGACUGCCUUUUGCUGCAUCACGAUCUGAAAACAGAGGAAAAGUGGACUAAUCACUUUUUAAGACGUGUCGUCUUGCUGUUUACAGAAAUGUCAGGCGUUCGGAGGAAGCUGGUGAUUGUGGGAGAUGGAGCUUGUGGGAAAACAUGUCUUCUUAUAGUUUUCUGUAAGGACCAGUUUCCUGACGUAUAUGUUCCAACAGUGUUUGAGAACUACAUAGCAGACAUCGAAAUCGAUGGAAAAAAGGUGGAGCUGGCAUUGUGGGACACUGCAGGUCAAGAGGACUACGACAGGUUGAGGCCUCUCUCUUACCCAGACACAGAUGUCAUCCUUAUGUGCUAUUCCAUUGACAGCCCAGAUAGUUUAGAAAAUAUUUCUGAAAAGUGGACCCCUGAGGUGAAACACUUUUGUCCCAACGUUCCAAUCAUCCUUGUUGGGAAUAAGAAAGAUGUGCGGAACGAUGAGAACACAAUCAGAGACCUGGCCAAGAUGAAGCAGGAGCCGGUGAAGACAGAAGAUGGAAAGAGCAUGGCCACCAGGAUCAAUGCUUUCUACUUCUUGGAGUGCUCUGCUAAAACAAAGGAAGGCGUGCAGGAAGUGUUUAGCAUAGCCACAGCAGCAGCCUUGCAGGUCAAAAAGAACAAAGCAAUGAAAGGCUGCAUGCUGCUGUGAGCCACAUCGCAGGUCCAGGAAACCAGGAAAUUAGCUGACCAGUCAAAGUAAAGCAGGACACGGGAAAAGGACUGACCUUUUAUGAAAUUGAUCUUUGUACUGUAACUCACAUUUAAUUAAAAAACAUAAAAAUAAACAGGCAGGUAGAUGAAUUAAAAACACACCUGCAAAUACAUGGAAUGGACAUUACUGUAUGCUACUGCUACGAUGAUGUACACUACACUUUUUACUGUUUUCUUUUCUACUGGGGUGUUCUUUACAAUUGUGGGCAUCCUUUAUUUUCUUUAAGUCUCUUGUCGCCAGUCCAGCUCUGUUUACAUUGGAAAUAUCAUUUGACUGGUAAAGCUGGUGACCAUUUUAAGUUUGUGAAUUGCCAUUUAAAUGCGUUGGGCUUUUAGUGUAUAGGACCUCUUCACUGUGCUGUUACAAUACCAUAACUUUAAAAUUCUGUCUGCUGACCAAUCAUCAAAGAAAAAUGGCUCCCUGUGCUCCUUUGCAUUCUCAGUUUUUAGUCAAUGCACAGUAAACAAAGACAAGUGGCUUCUAAUAUGAAAGAAACAAAAGUGAGCUUUCUGUUUAUGCACACAGUCUGCACUGUGGAUUAAGGUAAGAGGGAGACGUGACCAGCUGAGACGCAAGUCAUUGUGACUCAUUCAUGCACAAUAGCUGCCAGGAGUGACAGGAAGAUGAUUUAGUUUAAAGCGAUUGCACUGAGCCAAUGGCCUGAUUGGUUAUUGUAUUUGCGUUCUGCUUCUUCUCAGCAGAGCCAGUUACACCUGCUGCUGGAAUGUCACCAGUAAACCAGCUGACGCAGUCAAGGAAACCAUGAUCCAUUUGCAGGUCUUAUGUUCCCAGUAGGACAACAUUCCUUACAGGUCUAAGAGCUGAGAUGCGAUUGAAUUGUUUUAUUCCAGUGCAUUCACAGUUCUUUCCCAGACCAGACAUAGUGGCUGCAUGGCGGCGACCUGAUACUGUCUGAAGAGUAAACUACUUGACAUGUUUGACAAAGGCUUCUUUCUUUGAUUUACCGACAAUUUUAGGCGAGUACAGUACUGUUUCUAUUCUGUUGAGAACGCUGUACAGACAAAACUGAUGGAAAAAUGCUGUAUCUUUAACGACACAUUUAAUAUCCAAAUUUAAAGCAGUCUUGUCUCGUUUGAAUGAAUCAUUAAUUAUUUGGAUGUCUCUGCCAAAAGGUUAUCUAUCUCAUGCGUCCUUUCAAGAAUGUAGCAUGAGAUACUUUAGACCCUCAGCUGCAAAAUGCACACCAACCUUCUGGCAGUACCGCAUGCCUGCCAAACAAUAUGGAUUGGAACCCAUUAAAAAAAGUGCAGAGGUUUAGUGGCAUUUCAUAUGUUUUGACUUUGGAAGGUUAUUUAAGCUUUAUACUGAGGAAUUAAGAAGCAGAGUUCAAGAAAUCAGAAUAAUAAAACAAUUCUUUCAAGCCAGCAGUGGUAAAUUCCCAAUGGCAUGCUGCUGAUGUGUGCAGUAAACCUCCAGGAAAAUCCUAAUUAUAGAGAGAAAUACAAACACCUGGGAAAAUCCUUGGCAAGACAGGCAUGAAGGCAUAAAGUCCAUGAAAGCAGCUUCUGCUGAAUGUCUUAUUUUCAGUGCGAGACUUUGAAAUAAAGGAUGAUCUACUACAUAUAGUGUAAUAUAUGCACAUUCAAAACAAAUUUCUGUUGUGAAUAUCAAACUUGAAUCAUUAAACUAUUUUUGAAACAA